CGAUUUACACCGAACUUGGUGGAGGGAUGUGGCAUGGGUCAGGAAAGAAUCAUGUAGAUUUUGGGACAGAUCCGUACCAUCUGCCCCAGAAUUUGAAAUGUUUUAGUUUUUUUUCUAUGAAGUCUGGUGCAUACUGUUUGACACUGACCUUGGUGGAAGUAUUCGCUCUACUGAGUGCCAUUCUAGUCUUUAGAUUUCGUUACAUUGUCGGUUAACCUUGGAAAUUACGUGGAUUAAAGAGUGUAUCUAAGAUUUUUUUUUAAACGCACCUUAAUAGAGUCUCAGCAAAGGUGACUUUGUGAAAGCGAAGGAGUUAAUGUGAAUGGAGACCCAUUUCUGCCGGGAAAAAAGGAAGAAAAAGUGGCUGAAAAGUUGGGUUAAAUUUACUCAUGGUUAAGUGAAAAUUAUGGGACUCUAAGUUAAAAUAAAUUAGAAAUUUAAAACAUUUUGCAUUCAAGUUAGAACUGGUUAAGUCAAAAUUCUGACUUUUUAAGACAAAAUUAUUAUCUUUAUUGUAUUAUUAAAACACAAGUAUAAGUGAGGCUGACGGAAUUGUCAUCAGUUAUGCAGGUACUUGAUCAUAAACCAAGUACACAUCCAAUUUUGACCUGACGAUGGCGCUAGAAUAAAAGUCAGGGGAUCACCAAAGUCAGCGGGAUUCAUCCUCUGGGGACCAUGAAUGUCUGUACAGAAUUUCAUGGCAACCAGUCCAGUUGUCCCUAGAACCAAGUCACUAAUGUGCGGCAAAACAUUUGAUUUACGGUGAAAUAUUCUCAUAAUUUUGACUUGGUAAGGGCAAAUCUUGGAUUACUGCCUCUAAAUUUUGACUAUAAAUAUAUCAUAUUUUCCGUAUAGUCUAUAUCUCAUAAAUUUGACAUAAGAUAUUGUAAUUUCAAUUUAAAGUCAUAAGUUUGAUUUAUUAUCACAUAACUGUGACUUAAUUUCUUAAUCUUAUACUUUGUAAAUCAAAAUUAUGAGAUUCUAAGCCAUUAUUUUGAUUUACCAUGAGUAUUUUUAAUAUUGUCACUCCUAACAUUUCUAUUCCUAUCUUGGUGCAAAGUCCCAAACCCAAAUUCCAUCUUUGGUCUAUGGAGUACAAUAAAAUGGGGAGACAAAAACAAUCAUUGAUGUUGUUAUUGAAGUAUGGUUAUAGCCGACCCAAAGGUACAUGCAGCACAUGCAGAUGUGUGGCAGUGGGAGUGAUGCUGUGAAACGUGGGAAACUCCUCUCACAUUCCCAGGACUGACAAAUAGUCACUCCCUGCUUGGCUGCUCUGGUCUCAGAGUGACCAUGAUCCUGCAACAGUGGUGGGUGAUUUUGGCUGUGGAAUGCAUCUUUAUAUGUGUCUCCAGCCAGUAUUUACAGCAGAAGAGACAGUGUGUAUUCCAAGUGACGCCACAGAACAACAAAUACAAGACGGCUGGCAAUGUGAGUGGGUCGGUGCAGGUCUGCGAGAACACCCGCUGCUGUGUGGGAUAUUUUCUGAUCAUCAAUGGCCGGCCAGAGGCCGACCUUCUUGCUUGUGACGUGGCUGAAAAGUUUUGCCCAGACGCAACCUGCAGGACACAAAUGCGGUUUAAAGGUCACCUCAUUAAAUGUGUAUGCAACACAGACCUCUGCAACAGAAACAUCACUUGGACUCCAAACUCAGAACAGCCUCAACUCACCUACUCUUAUUCUGUAGAUGAAAUCAUGGAAGCUGCUGUUAUCAUUCUGAUUGGAACUUUGCUCGUCCUGUGCUUCAUGAUCGUUGCAGCCAAAUGGAGAAGCCUCUCCAAUGACAAAAAGCAGAAUCUACAAGCCUGCUCUCGUGAUUAUAAUGUCUCAACACUGUGUUCCUGCCAAGCAACAAAGACCUCUGAGAUUGACACAGCUGAAAUUGAACUACAGCGGAUUUUGGGCCGUGGAUAUUUUGCAACUGUCUGGCAGGGGAAAUACCAAGGAUCCACGGUGGCUGUGAAAGUUUUCCCUGCAGGCUGUAAGCAUAGAUUUACUGCAGAGAAGGAGGUUUAUGAGCUACCACUGAUGAAGCAUGCUGGGAUUCUCCACUUCCUGGGCACUGGGAGGAAACUGGAUGGUAGCAAUUUGCUCAUUGUUCUGCAAUUUGCCGAAUAUGGUUCUCUCCAUUCUUUUCUGUGUAAACACACCACCAACUGGAUGCUGUCACUGAAGUUGUGCCAGUCUUUAUCACAGGGACUUUCCUAUCUCCACUCUGACCUUCACAGAUAUGAUGUGCAUAAACCUCCCGUGGCCCACAGAGACCUCAGCAGCUCCAAUGUGCUUGUGAGAGCUGACGGUACCUGCGUCCUGUGUGAUUUUGGAUGCUCCACCAUCCUGCGUGCUUGUUCAGGACAUCACAGCUGGCAGAGCCACACAACAAACAUGAAGGGCCAUCGCCAGGUGGGCACACUGCACUACAUGUCCCCCGAGAUCCUGGAAGGCUCUGUAAACCUAAGCAGCAGCUGGUGUCUCAUGCAGGGGGACAUCUAUGCUUUGGGACUGCUGCUAUGGGAGAUCUGGAUGCGCUGCUCUGAUUUAUUUGAAGGCAGUAUUGUUCCACAGCAUCUGCUGCCAUAUGAAUCUGAGUUGGAAGGCAAUGUAACACUGGAAAGCCUCAUCAUGUACAUGUUUAAGAAGGACAAGCGACCCUCCAUACCAAAACACUGGGAGCUGCUACCACAGGGACCUGCACUGCAGGAGCUCCUGACAGACUGCUGGGACUAUGACCCGGAUGCCCGACUGACAGCUCAGUGUGUUGUAGACAGAUUAGUCUCUCUUCAGUCUUGUUUCUCUCCAUGACUUUAUUAAUUUUUUUUUUUGUUGCCAGAUUGACUUGCUGUAGUUUACAGAUCAAGCAUUUGCACUGUUCUUCAUGUCACUACUGUUUAGCGUUUCAGUGUUUUUAAUUCAGGUUGAACUCUCUAGGUAAACCCCUUGACUUUGCAUUACUCUCUUUCUUGCUAUUAGCUACUUACAACAUUGUUAGUAAAUUUUAA